AAGUUCCGCCUCUGACGAUUUGCUUCCGGUUCGGGUAGCUCUUUCCGGUCGCUAUGGCGACGGAACGUCUUGGAGUAGGGGAGACACUAGGGGCCCUAAAUGCGGCUUUAGGGCCUGGCGACCCAGUGUGGUUUAAAGAGACACAUGCCCGGCACCUGCGAGUUCGAGAUUUCCUGGCGCCGCGACGCGCACUACAAGCGCGCUUCGGGGACGGCCAGGUGCCCGAGCAUGUGCUCCGUGCCCUCGCCGGCUUGCAGGGCCCCGGGGUGGCCCCAGUACUGUGCUGCGCGCCGACACCCGCGGGCUUGUCGCUCCAGCUUCAGCGGCCUGUUGUCUUUGAGCGCGUCCUCGGCGCUGUGGCCUCCUAUGCUACGCCGGCCAACUGCGCUUCACCAGGCCUGCGCAUCCUCCUGCACUGCCCAGCGCUGCGCUGCAGUCCUGGCGCGCUCCGCUUGAGCCAGCUGCGGGCCGUACUCGUGGCUGAUCACCUGGCGCGAGCUCUGCGCGGUCAAGGGGUGUGUGUGCGCUUAGUUCCUGCAGUGCAGGACCCGCACCUACCAACCUUUCUGCAGAAACUGCGAGUGGACUGGCCCACUGCCUCGAAAAAUGCACCGGCGGAAACCCUAAGAGACUUCGUGCUUGCAAAGUUCACCUCUGCCCAAGACCAGGAGACACUACCCCCGGGUGUUUUGGGCAGACUGGGCCUGAAGGAGCUGGUGAAAGAACAGGGCCGUGGGGCUGGCUAUGACCCCAACGUGGACAAGUGCCUGGUGACUGAGGAGCUGCUGUGUGUGUUAGCUGAGCUGCAGGAAGCUGUGCAGCAUUGGCCCAAGGGCAACUACCCAGUCCUGGUUAGUAACUCCCGGUCCUGCAGGCCUUUAGCAAACCAUAUAGCCUGCAUUUCUGCGGUGACUGCCCUCUUCCCUUGUAAGCCCCCAGAUUCUGAUGUAGACAGCUGCAUGGUUAUACAUGUGGUAAGCUGUGAAGAGGAGUUCCAGCAACAAAAGUUGGACUUGCUUUGGUGGAAAUUGGAUGACCAGGCUCCUCUCAGACAGAAGCACCUGGUCUGUGGCCCAGUGAAAGUAGCUGGUGCACCCAGCACUCUGAUGACUGCCCCUGAGUACUAUGAGCUCCGGCAUGCCCAGGUGUGCAAGGCCUCAGCACUGAAGCAUGGUAGUGAUCUGGCACAAGACCCAGCAUGGACAGAGAUCUCUGAGCUUCUCACUGUGGCCACUAUCAAGUUUGAGAUGCUGAGCACAGCCCCACAGAGUCAGCUCCUCCUCGCUGACAUCAUCUCCACAAAGGGCACAAAAAGUGGUAUCUUUGUCAUGUAUAACUGUGCCCGUCUUGCCACACUCUUUGAGGGUUACAAGCGCAAUAUGGAACAAGGUCUGUACCCCACUUUUCCAUCCGUGAAAAGUCUGGACUUCUCACUGUUGCAUGAUGAGGGGGAGUGGCUGCUGCUCUUCAAUAGUGUCCUUCCCUUUCCGGACCUGCUCAGCCAGAUUGCAGGCCUGUUCUGCACUGGCCCAGGGCUCCACAUCAGUGCUCGCACAGAAACAGUAUGCAAGUUCUUGGUACAGCUCAGCAUGGACUUCAGUUCAUACUACAACCGGGUACACAUCCUAGGGGAGGCUCGGCCACAUCUCUUUGGUCAGAUGUUUGCCCGCCUGCAACUUCUAAGAGCCAUUCGUGAGGUGCUCCACGCUGGCCUGGCUAUGCUGGGUCUCCCACCACUGAGCCACAUCUAACGUCACAGAGAGCUCAACAUCUGGGAAUGUUUACAAAAUUAUCAACUGGGAAAAGAAAGUAAUAGCCACAGAUGUUAGGACCUUGGAAUCAAAAUAAAUUGCUUGCUAUAAAGUUU